AUGGGGAAAAGCGAUAGACCAGGGUUUGUGUCACGUUUUUACGAUAUGCUUAACUCGCCGUUUUUACGGAGGGAGCGGACGCAGCCGGAGCCACCAGUGGAUCACACGGCGUUUGUCGCAGACAUAACGAAUCCACUGAGUCCUGAUACCAGUUCCAUUUCGUCGCGGCUUUUCCAGAGCAAGUCAGCCAAUCAUUUGCUUGGAGAGUUCUUCCUUGCCAAGGGUGAUGCUCCGCUUUCGCCCAUUGAAAGGGAGGGUGUUUUGAGCCUGCUGAGCAAAGGCAACAGCAAUAACUCGUCGGUGAACAGUUCGUUGGUGUUGAACAACACGGUUGACGAGUCCAGUCUUUUUGUUGAAUCUAAGCCUCCAGUUUUGAUUGAUGACUCCACGAAGUUAAAGAGCCUCAAGACUUUGCCGACGUUUUCGCCUCGGUAUGAGCCAUAUAGAAAGCACAAGGAUGCUGGUUUGAGAUCCAUCACCACCAGAAGGGUGGUCAACUACUCGGACUUACCCUCGCCAUUCAGGACGAGGAUACGGAGUCCCCUAUAUAUGAUGGAUGAUCAGGAAUCUCGCAAUGAUAUUUCAAAAAAUGUGGAGGUUGCAGAGCUUUCCAAAGUUGAGGAUACUCCAAAGAAGAGUCUCUCGAAGACUGCUACCGCACUUCAGAGUAUAUUGGACAAACAAGACAAAUUAGUGGCGAAUAAGCCGCGCACUAUAUCCACGAAGAAGCCGGUUCCGACUUUGCCGCCCAGGCCCAAGACUGGUGCUCCAGUUGCUUUCUCUACUCCAGAGCCGGAGAAGGUGAAGAAGAUUGAGGAUGUCGUAAAAACAGCGACAAAUGAGAAGGAAGAAUUUUUGUUUAAGCCUGCUGUUGAGCAUAAGACCAAACCGGAUAUAAUUUCGGUUACUCCAGACUACGGAUUCGUGUUCCCGGAGGCUCUUUCUGUUAGUCUGGCCAGUCGAAUCACGACUGUUGAAGGGGUCAAAGCAGCAGAGGCGCUGUAUGAGUUUUGA